AGAGGAUUCCCUCUGACGCCUCGUGACUCUGUAAUUAGACAAGAAUAAGUUAGCUUCUCACUCGCCUAUUAUUUCCAGCUGAUCAUAUCAUUUGCCCCCUCAGUGGACACCAUAAGACAACGGAGAGUUCACGGCCGGAACUGCACUUGUGUUCUUGGCGGAGCACCAGGAGGGACGAGCCCUUUAAAUCUCCAGCAGGCCUUUAAGUAUUGCGAGUUUUGGAACGUGUGAUCUGACAUCACCACUAUUUUUACUCAGCCAUUUACAAAUUGUCGGAGGAGAGAAGUGUCUGGAUUUUGAAAAGAACGAAAAAAUGCAAUUACGAAAGCGUGAAAUGAAUACUUGGACAUUCUGAGGUUUGGCAGCAGCCAUCUUACCUUUACGGACUAUUUUUAUUUUUAAGGGAGGUCGCCAUCAUUUCCAGUUGUACUUUGUUGGCAUUGCUGGUGCUGCUUAAAGGAAGCAAACACGAAAUCGCGUUUUAUGCGCACUCAUCGACGUCACCGCAGGCAAUUAAACUCGCCGGCAAGUGCGAAUUCGGGCAGCUGGUGGCGGCAGCGGCGCGCGUUUCAGUCCCGCUAAAAAUCUCAGUCGCGCACCCAGGUAGGCUGCCCGCCCAUUCUGACUUCUGGAAGCUUCUCUGGUUAGCAAGUGCGCACAGUCGGCCGCUCUUCAUGUCUGCGGACAGUUCGACCCCAGAAGCGUCCCGCCGCUCUAGUCGGCGCAGCGCCCCCGGUCCCGGCGUCUCUCCAACCUGCAGCAGCCCGACCCGUCUGAGUCGCCUGCAAGAGAAGGAAGAGCUGCGGCAUCUCAAUGACCGCUUGGCCGCCUACAUUGAUCGGGUGCGCGCACUCGAGUCCGACAAGGCGUCGCUGCAGCUGCAGCUGGAGGAAAGAGAGGAGACCAGCAGUCGGGAGGUCACCAAAAUCCGGCUUCUCUACGACACGGAGCUGGCCGACGUCAGGAAGCUGCUGGACGACACCGCCAACGAGCGAGCGAGGCUGCAAAUCGAGCUGAGCAAAGUAGCAGAAGAAAACCAGGUGCUGCAGGCCAGGAACAACAAAAAGGAAUCUGACUUGUCCGCAGCAUUAUGCCGUUUAAGAAAUCUUGAAGCUUUACUGCAUUCCAAAGAGGCAGACUUGGCUAACUCCUUAGCAGAAAAUCGAAGGCUGGAAGGUGAACUUUCUGAACUUCGCACUCGGGCAGCCAAUCUUGACUCAGUUUUGCGUGAUGCCAAGAACCAUCUCCAUGAUGAAAUGCUCAAACGAGUUGACUUGGAAAACCAGCUGCAAACACUGCGGGAACAAAUGGAGUUUCAGAAACAAAUCAGUGAAGAAGAGCUGAGAGAAACCAGAAGCCGUCAUGAAAUCAAGCUUCUUGAAAUUGAUUCUGGUCGACAGAUGGAAUUUGAAAGCAAGAUAGCUGAGGCUCUUCAGCAGCUUAGAAGGGAGCAUGAAAUUCAUAUUCAGCAAUAUAAAGAAGAACUGGAAAAAACAUUUAAUGCCAAGCUGGAGAAUGCACAUCAGACUGCUACCAAGAACAGUGAUUUUGCCAAUUCUCUCUGUGAGGAAUUAAAGGGAACCAAAUCAAGAAUGGAAACAUUAUCGUCUCAGCUCAGCCACUAUCAGAAACAGAACUUUGUUUUGGAGAGCAAAUUGAGGGAUCUACAGGAGGCUCUGGACCAAGAAAGAGAAGUGAGUCAUCGCCGACUUACUGAAAAAGACAAAGAAAUGGCAGACAUGAGACAACAGUUACAGGCCCAGCUUGAAGAGUAUGAAAAUCUACUUGAUGUAAAACUAGCUUUGGACAUGGAAAUUAAUGCAUAUAGGAAAAUGCUGGAGGGAGAAGAACAGAGACUGAAUCUUUCUCCCAGUCCUUCUCAACGAGCUGCUGUGCCACGUACAUCCGGCACUCGUGGAUCACAAAGAGGACGUGGAAAAAAAAGGAAACUUGAAGAGAAACGAAGCAGAACAUCUAGUUACAAAAUCUCUCAGCACUCUUCUUCUAUUGGAAGGGCAUCCAUAGAUGAGAUUGAUUUGGAUGGGAAGUUCAUUAAACUAAGGAAUAAUUCUGAAGAGGAUCAGCCACUAGGUGGAUGGAUUCUAAGGAGAAGUCUUGGUACUGCAGCAGAUAUUACUUACGCGUUUCCUUCCAGAUUUGUACUAGGAAGUGGUCAGACAGUGACCAUCUGGGCAGCAGGUGCUGGAGUUGUGCCAAACCCACCUACCAAUUUAGUACUGAGGGGUCAGGCAUCCUGGGGAAAAGGAGAAGACCUAAAAAUUGCACUCCUAAACGGUAACAAAGAGGUAAUGGCAGAGAGGACCUUAGUGAGAGAGUUGCAAGAAGCGGCGGAGGAGACUGAAGAGGAGGCGCUAGAAGAGGAAAUGGGUGAAAGGGAGAUACCACUCCGAAGACAGCCAAAAAGAAGAAAAAAGAAAUGUUGUUCCAUCUCGUGAUAUCUUAUCACGUGGACUAGAGCUACCACAAAGCAGAUGACCCCAGCUGUUCUAUAAUGUAGGACCUUCUAUGUGAAUGGGGAGGAGAAUGUUUGAAUGCUGUUUAAGUAAAUGCCAGUAAACAGAGGUGCCUUUAUGUAAGCAUUUUAACUUUCCUUUUGUCCUUUUUAUUUUUAGCCUUUCAUAUAUCCAGCAGACAGGAAACAUUUAGGAUGCUGGGGGCAGAAUUUAAGUUUAAUUACUUGAUGUAUAUUUUCAAUAUGAACUCCAACUUAUUUAUAAAAGAUUUUUGUAUUUAAAUAAAAUUUAUUUUUCAAAACAUGA